UUUUGGGGUGUUUUACGUUGCGAGACCAUGUGGUGGCGCUGCGCAUCCAACCACCCAGGGACCAGUAGAAAUUAAAGCGUAGAAGAAGAUUUCCUCCACGACUUUGACGUUUAGCAGCAGCAGAGUUGACCUUCCUGCUACAGCUUGACGGAGUGAAAGAUGGCUGGACGCUUCUUUGCAAGUUGGUGGAGCAAGAUGAGCCCUUACUACACCCAGGCGUACAAGGAGGUGUGGGUGGGCCUGGGCAUCAUGACGUACCUUUACUACAAGGCCUCUUAUGGAGGCAAGAAAGCUGUGAAAAGCAAGCCUGCCCAUUGAUUUUUCCACCACGCUGACCACCCUUUCACCUGCUGUCAAAUAAUGCCCCAGUUGCUAGUCUGAAAGCCUAACGUCAUGUUUGAAUUUUGUUAAUAUGGAACAAAUAAAGUUGUUAUCCAAA